AACCAAGCCCAUCUGGUGGCUGGCCACUUCUUCCUUGCUUGCGCCGGCAGCACGGCACGCCUGGAUCCGUCCAUAUUCCGUCGCCUCCGAUACCCGGCCGGUCGGGAGCACGCCGCGCCGCCUCUCGCUCUCUGUCUCUCCUCCGCCCGUCUCGCCGGACAUCUCUCCACGAUGGGUGACUACACAAUCCAGAUCAGCACCAAGCUCAUUGAUCAGCUUGCUCGCGAUGAUGAGAAGGUCAAACGCAAAGCCAGGAAGCCCAAGCCCAAGAAGAAGGCCACUGUGGAACGGCAUGAAGAACCCCAGGACAGCGCACCAAAGGAAUUCCCAAGCGAACCCAAGACUAGCAGCCCUGCUCCUGCUCCUGGGUGGCCUCUGCAGCCUCCCCCUAUGUUUCUGCCAGUGACCCCUGCUCCCCCACCGCCCCCAGCCACAAUGCCAGAGGUGGAAGCCAUCCGUUCCAUUCUUAAAGAAAGUGAGGCAGUUCUGGAGAAGCUGGACAAGCAGGAGGCUGGGGCACGCCAAGAGCUCAGCAAGAGAGCAAAGGAGCUGCACGACAAGGAGUUCAAGCUGCCGUACCAGAACCCCAUGCCCUGCACUGAGGAGAGAGCAGGCUGCCUCGAGUGUUACAAGAGCAAUGCGAAGGACCCGCUCAAGUGUGCUGAAGCUGUCAGGAGAUUUGAGGCAUGCGCUCGCAUGGCCGUGAAGAAUGCCCCCACCAAAGCCGAUUAGUAAGUAGCCCAUGAAGUUUCGUGAGUUGGGGUGACCUGAUACACUGUUCUGCCUUGUUUUUUACGAUUUUGAGGUGAUCCAAUAACCUGGAUUUUUCAUGGGAACCAAAAAACAUCUUUGUAGAUUUCUAAUUGCACUGCACUGGGCUAGGUGAGGCUGCAUAGCCUAAGUUUAGAGCUUCCGUAUUACAUAUGUUUGUCACAAUCGGAAUAUCAAUUGGUGGUGCGAAGUUUUUUUUGUCUGAAUGAGAUUUUAUGAGUAAGAUCGGUAUGCAUUGGCUGAA